AUGAACGGCUCAAACAACGCCGCCGCGCAACCAUCAAGCCAAAACUCCACGCAAUCACCUGCUUCAACAGCCCUCUCCAUGAUCUAUCUAUACCACCUCCAUCCACCGUCUCCACGAUCCAUCUACACCCUCAAAUCAACAACGCCGGAACACCCGAAGGAAUCUUCGGAAAGCCACACCGUGCCUUUCCUCGUUGCAAACGCAACAUACCUGCACCUGACAGCCCUUGUCGACCCCGAGAAAUGCCAGCACCCUGAAGACAGGGAACUCCGCCAUCGGCUCCUUCAGACAGUUUCACUCUUUGAACACGUUAUGGAAUAUCCGAUUGUGGCUGGGGAGACUUAA